AUGAUGGACAUAAUGAAAGUUUCUCCAUCAGAUCCCCAACAAGCCAGCAAAGCCAGAGAAGAUCUUCCACAGCCGCAUCGCUGCAAACAAGGCAGAUCUUGGCCGCUUUCCCAGAGGCCUUCAAUCAGAAUCUGCCAUCGGAUCUCUCUAGGAUUUGGUCGCCCCUUUGCACCGCCGCGCCGCACUGCCGCUGCUGCGUUCGACCCUAGGGAUUCGGGUAACAGUAUUGGCCGGUGGCGUGAAAGAUCGGGCAUGUCUGGGCUAUUCGAGUGGCCGUUGAAAUUUUUCGCUCCAUUAUUUUAUUGUAAUCAUGAAGGAUUGCAGCAAAAUUAUUUCCAUUCUGAUGGAUAG